CACCGCCCCGUCCCUGCGCCGCUUCCGUCCUUCCGCCGCGCGCCGCCCGCCAUGGCCAAGAUCAAGGCCCGAGACUUGCGCGGGAAGAAGAAGGAGGAGCUGCUGAAGCAGCUGGACGAUCUGAAGGUGGAGCUGUCGCAGCUGCGCGUGGCCAAAGUGACCGGCGGGGCCGCCUCCAAGCUGUCCAAGAUCCGUGUCGUGCGCAAAUCCAUUGCCAGAGUGUUGACUGUCAUCAACCAGACCCAAAAGGAGAACUUGAGGAAGUUCUACAAGGGCAAGAAGUACAAACCCCUGGACCUGCGGCCCAAGAAGACUCGGGCCAUGCGGCGCAGGCUCAACAAGCACGAGAUGAACCUGAAGACCAAGAAGCAGCAGCGAAAGGAACGUUUGUACCCGGCCCGGAAAUUCGCCAUCAAGGCAUAGCCCUGAGCAAGCUGCAGCUCCGGGCUGGGCACUGGGGAUGGCUCAUUAAAUGGAGUUUGGUUUGGAA